AUGUUGGACCCCUUCCCACCGCCCCCGGAAUGGCUGCGGAGCUUCGCAGAGCCCUAUGCCAUCCGGUUCAACAGCCCGACGCUUACCGACCAUAUCCACGAGGUUAUCGCAGCGUUCGUCUUCUACCUGUUAAUCCAUGCGGUUCUCUCGCCUUGCCUCUCCCCAAUCCUCUUCAAGUCCUACAACAAGCUCACUCCCCGCACGAAGCUGAACUGGGAUAUCCAUGUUGUCUCCUUUAUUCAGAGCAUUGUCAUUAAUGCUGCCGCCCUGUGGGUCAUGUACUUCGACGAGGAGCGCAGCUCCAUGACCUCCGGUGAGCGGGUCUUCGCAUAUACAGGUGCCUGUGGUCUCAUUCAAGCUUUGGCUGUGGGAUACUUUGUAUACGACCUGAUUGUCAGCAUUGUGCACGUGCGCAUGUUUGGCAUUGGCAUGCUUUUCCAUGCUGUCAGCGCCUUGUGGGUGUUUAGUCUAGGAUUUAGACCAUUCCUAAACUACUUCGCCCCGACCUUCAUCCUCUAUGAGCUCUCCAGCCCAUUCCUCAAUAUCCACUGGUUCCUCGACAAAGUCAACAUGACCGGCAGCCGCGCCCAAUGGUACAAUGGCAUGGCCCUGCUCUUCAGCUUCUUCGCCUGCCGCCUCUUCUGGGGCACCUGGCAAUCCGUCGUGGUGUACGGGGACAUGUGGAAUGCCCUUCAGCACACCUGGGCCGCAGCCGCAGCCCCGCUCUCUGAGCCCGCGAGCGUCAACGCAAAUGUCUUCUACCCAGCCCGCGACGGCAGCUUGUGUGUCAACGAAGCCUGCGCGCGCGCCAACGCCGAGAUGACCAGAUUCAAGGGGUACACUGCGGGAGGUGUACCGACAUGGCUGGUCGUGACCUACGUCGGAUCAAACUUGAUCUUGAACUUCUUGAACUUUUUCUGGUUCUCCAAGAUGGUCGAGACUGUUCUCAAGCGUUUCCGCACUCCGGCGGAAUCUGCUGCUACUGGUGAGAAGAAGGGGAAGAAUGAGCCUAUUAGUGCCGAGAAGGCUGCGCAGCUCAAAGAGGAUAUUGUUCGUGAUGUUGUUCUCGAGGCAGCUUCCAAGCUGGAGCAAGAGGAGACAGCCAUCAUGCAGGGCGAUCUUUCCUCGUUGCGGGAACAUGUCUCCUCGAGCGUGGACUCAGGCCUCGGGGAGGAGUUGCGGAAACGGAGGGCAGACCUUGUCGCAAAGGUUCCUUUGCCUGGUGCUUGA